AUGGCGUCCCAAACUUCCGUGUCGCCGUUCGACACCUACCAAACCUCCCUCACCACCCGCUACUGCAGCCCCGCCAUGUCCAAGCUCUUCAGCCAGCGGUCACGGCACUCGACAUGGCGCAAGCUCUGGCUCGGCCUCGCCGAGAGUGAGAGGGAACUGGGAAUCGACACCAUUACGACCGAGGCCCUGGAGCAGAUGAAGGCUCAUCUGGUGGUUACGGAUGAGGACUACGAGGUUGCUCGAGUGGAGGAGAAACGUCGCAGACAUGAUGUCAUGGCGCAUGUCCACGCCUUCGGUCUUACUGCCCCUGCCGCGGCCGGCAUCAUACACUACGGUGCUACGAGCUGCUAUGUGACCGAUAACACCGAAUUGAUUCUCAUGCGUGACGCUCUCGAUCUGUUGGCGAAGAAGCUGGCCAAGGUCAUCUCGAACCUGUCCUCGUUUGCCCUCAAAUGGAAGGCCGAGCCUACUCUCGCCUAUACUCACCUCCAGGCCGCGCAGCUCAUUACAGUUGGAAAGCGAGCGGCCCAGUGGGCCCAGGAUCUCAUGUUUGACCUCCACAGCAUCGAGCAAGUCCGCCGUGAACUCAAGUUCCGUGGUGCCCAAGGAACCACUGGCACCCAAGCUUCUUUCCUGGAGGUUUUCAAGGGAGACUCUGCCAAGUGUGACCAACUGAACGACCUGCUCUGCGAGAAGUUCGGCUUCCCAGCCUGCUAUGAUGUGUCCACCCAGACCUACACGCGCAAGGUUGAUUUAAUUAUUGCUAAUGCCGUCGCGGGCCUCGGAUCAUCAGCGCAGAAGAUUACCGGCGAUAUUCGUCAUCUGGCUCACUGGAAGGAAAUCGAGGAGCCUUUCGAGAGCUCGCAGAUUGGAUCAUCAGCCAUGGCUUAUAAACGAAACCCAAUGCGUUCCGAGCGCGUUUACUCGCUUGCCCGCGAACUUUUAAGCAAACCCAGCUCAUUCCAAGCCACGCAUGCCGAUCAAUGGAUGGAACGCACACUUGACGAUUCCGCGGUCCGCCGCAUCGACAUCCCCGAAACGAUGCUUUUGGCAGACGCCAUCUUAAUCGGUCUCGACAACAUCACAGACGGUCUCGUCGUCUACCCUAAGCGUAUCGCCGCUCACGUUCAAUCGGAACUGCCUUUCAUGGUAACCGAGACCAUUAUCAUGCGCCUCUGCGCGCUAGGAGAAUCACGACAGGAGGCCCACGAGCAGAUCCGUGUCCUCUCGCACCAGGCCGGCAGCGUCGUGAAAAACGAGGGCAAGCCCAAUGACCUCGUAGACCGCAUUAGGAGCAACGAGUUCUUCAAGCCCAUCUGGGGCGAGCUUGAUGGCAUGCUCAAAGCAGAGCUAUAUACCGGCCGUAGCGCCGAAAUCGUGGACAAGUACUGCGGUCCAGGAGGUCCCGUUGAGAAGGCUCUAGCGCCAUAUGUGGCAUACAUUAAGAGCGCUGCUACUGCAGAGCUCAAUGUUUAA